AUGUCGGGAACUACUAUUGACGAUGUCGUAAAGCGACUCAGCACCUCGGAUAUAGAGACCCGACUCAAGGUGGAAGCCGCGACCACCUUGCGCGACAGCCUGGACGCUUACACAAAUGGCCCCAUCUACGAACCCUUCCUGAAACGGCUGAUGCCCAUCUUCAUCAACAUUCUACGUGGACCAUGCAUCUUUCAAAGCAACUCCCCGGAGCAGAAACUCCGCAACUGCAUCCUCGAGGUGCUUCACCGACUGCCAACGGGCAUGUCGCCUCCCGAGCCGUUCAAGCCUUACGCCGAGGAAAUAGUCGAUCUGCUCAUGCAGUUAGUUCGAACCGACAACGAAGAUAACGCAACAUUAUGUGUCAAGAUCAUCUCCGACAUCAUGCGACAUCAGCACCAGACUUUACAGAGCAAGGUCCAGCCUUUCCUGACCCUCAUCCAGGAGCUCUUCGAUCAGAUGGAGAGGGUCGUCCACGAGCAGCUCGACAAUGCCUCUCUCGCCCCGAAUCCUCAGCCUGGUGCGCCGUCAACGCCAGGCAGCACACAAGCCAACUUCCAGUCCCCUCGACCGGGCUCUCCUGUAGCCUCAGUGACUGAGCUUGGCGCAGAUCCCCAGCAGCAGAAUCGACCACUUCUCAAGGGAAUGCAAUCCUUCAAAGUCCUUUCGGAAUGCCCAAUCAUCGUCGUUUCCAUCUUUCAAGUCUACCGCAAUACUGUCCAGCUUAAUGUGCCUAGGUUUGUGCCGCUUAUCAAGGGCUUCCUAUCACUCCAAGCAAGCGCUCAGAAGCAGGCCCACGAGGAGGCUGCUGCCAGGGGCGACAUACACACGGGUGUGAGCCCAGGGAUCAAGAACCGGGCUGCUUUUGGCGAUUUUAUUACGGCCCAGAUCAAGACUAUGAGCUUCUUGGCCUACCUUCUCCGCCAAUACGCCUCUCAGCUUAAGGACUUUCUGCACUUAUUGCCCGAUAUCGUGAUUCGGCUGCUGAAAGACUGCCCACGGGAGAAGUCGGGCACGAGAAAGGAGCUUCUGAUUGCUAUUCGGCACAUUAUUAAUUACAAUUUCCGAAAGAUCUUUCUUCCCAAGAUCGACGAGCUCCUGGAUGAGCGCACAUUGACAGGAGACGGCCUUACUGUUUACGAGACGAUGAGGCCUCUGGCGUAUAGCAUGUUGGCAGACCUUAUUCACCACGUCCGCGACUCAUUGACCCCGGAGCAGAUUCGCAAGACGGUGGAGGUGUAUACCAGGAAUCUUCAAGACAACUUCCCUGGGACCAGUUUCCAGACCAUGAGCGCGAAACUGCUUCUUAAUAUGGCCGAGUGCAUCGCGAAGCUUCCAAACAAGGUGGACGCAAGGCAUUACUUGAUGAUGAUUCUCAACGCAAUUGGAGACAAAUUCGCCGCCAUGAAUCGACAAUACCCAAACGCUGUCAAACUUUCGAAGCUCUAUCACCAGCAGGCCGAGGCUGGUGCCCCCGAAUCAUACCUUGCCGAUAAGGAGCACCCGCCUGACUGGGACGAGACAGACAUCUUUUCAGCAGUGCCCAUCAAAAUUUCCAACCCAAGAGACAGGGGAGCCGACCCGGUUGGGGACAACAAGUUCCUCUUUAGAAACCUGAUGAAUGGACUCAAGAACACGUUUUAUCAGUUGAGAACUUGUAACAUUGGCACGCCAAUUGACCCUGCCAAUGCGCCGCCGCAUUGGCAAGAGGUUGCGUACGGCUUCACGGCUGAAGAGGUCAAUGUCAUUAUUAAGCUGUUCAGGGAGGGCGCUUAUGUCUUCAGGUAUUAUGAGAUCGAGAAGCCCGCCACUGAGAAUCAGUACGUGUCGCCUGUCGAGUAUAUGGCCAACUUCUACAUGGUAUCGAGCAGCAAGGAGGAAAAGGAUCUCCUUGAGACGUUCGCCACAGUCUUUCACUGCAUCGACCCAGCCACCUUUCAUGAGGUCUUCCAGCAGGAGAUUCCGCACCUUUACGACAUGAUCUUCGAGCACACGGCUCUUCUGCAUAUCCCUCAAUUCUUCCUAGCCAGCGAGGCGACGUCCCCGAGUUUCUGCGGCAUGCUCCUGCAGUUUCUGAUGGAGCGAAUCGACGAGGUUGGCUCGGCAGACGUGAAGAAGUCCUCCAUUCUGCUGCGGCUCUUCAAGCUUGCUUUUAUGGCAGUCACGCUGUUUGCCACGCAGAAUGAACAGGUAUUGCUGCCUCAUGUGGUCAACAUCGUCACGAAGUCGAUUGAGCUGUCUACCAAAGCGGAGGAGCCCAUGAAUUACUUUCUGCUUCUGCGGUCCCUCUUCAGGAGCAUUGGCGGUGGCAAAUUCGAGCAACUCUACAAACAGAUAUUGCCGUUGCUAGAGAUGCUCUUGGAUGUCCUGAACAAUCUUCUGAUGGCCGCGCGGAAACCAUCAGAGCGAGAUCUCUAUGUCGAGCUGUGCCUCACCGUCCCGGCACGUCUCAGCCAUCUGCUGCCGCAUUUGAGCUUCCUCAUGCGUCCUUUGGUCGUGGCUCUUCGGGCUGGAACGGAUCUUGUCGGCCAGGGACUGCGAACCUUGGAGCUCUGUGUUGACAACUUGACAGCGGACUAUCUGGACCCUAUCAUGGCACCAGUCAUUGAUGAGCUGAUGACUGCCCUCUUCGACCAUCUCAAACCCCACCCUUAUAGCCACUUUCAUGCGCACACCACCAUGCGCAUUCUGGGGAAGCUGGGGGGCAGAAAUCGGAAGUUCAUGACGGGCGCCGUUCCUCUCACAUACACCAACUAUGCCGACGAUGCCUCAAGCUUCGACCUACGGCUCAUUGGUUCCAAGAAGGACAGAGCCUUCCCAGCCGACCUGGGUAUCGAUCUCGCGAUACAAAAGCUGAUGGAGGUACCGCGGCAUAACAAGCUCAAUGCUCAGAAUCGGCAGUAUGACGACUACUACAAGAAACAGGCCAUCCAUUUCAUCAAGACCCAGUUGAAGCUUCGCAUCGGGUUCGAUCAGCUGCCCGAAGACUACCCCAGGAUUGUCAGGCUCCAGGCGCAGGAUUUCCUAAAUCGCAAGAUGGACAUCAAUUUUGCGCCGUUUGAGGUCUCGAGCCGCGAUAGGUCAAUUCCGAAGAAGGAUGAGCAGGACAAAGUCACCAAGAGGCUGCUCAAGGCGGUCAUGUUCUCGCAGUCCAUUCCAGAUGUAAAGCAGGAAUCCAGUGCCUUCCUCCUCGAUGUGUGUCGGCACUUCGUUCUCAUCGAAGUUGGAAGGUCUCUGAUCGAUCUCAAGCGUACCUAUAACCCCUUUGACCCCAAGGCGGGCGAAGGCCCGCUGACCAUUGACACACGUGUCUUGUCCGAUGCAAUCGUCGAGUCGCUAGCGUCUGACCAUCCAGACGUUCGUGAAGCGGCGCAACAGGCGAUCCGGGAACUCUACAGAUGUACAGCCCUCAUCUUUGGCUCCGAGGCAAACGUCGGCCGCCUUCACCUGUUCAACCACCUCAGCAACACAUUCUGCCACAGCUGCUACGAAGAAGAGUGGUUUACAAAGACAGGGGGAAGCCUUGGCAUCAACUUCUUGCUCACGGAGCUCGACCUGGGCGACGCUUGGGUGACGUCCAAACAGACCGAAUUCAUCCGCGCGCUCAUGUACGUCAUCAAGGACAUGCCACUGGAUCUCCCGGAAAAGACAAGGUGUCUUGCCCAGACCAGCCUCGAGGUCCUUCUCAAGCGCAUCACCAAGAACAUCAAGAAGGAGGAUGCUCUGCCAAUCCCACAGCAGCCAGGCCAGCCGCAGGCCAAGCAGCCCCGCCUCGCCCAGAUUUGCAUGCAGUUCAACAACGAGCUGUCCCACAUGAACAAGUUUGUCCGCGAGACAGCCAAGAGCUCAUUGGAGCUCAUUGCGAAAGCUGCUGGCUGUGAGGUAUGGCAGCUCGUGGAGCCGUACAAGGAGAGGUUUCUCCAGCCCAUCUACGCCAAGCCCCUUCGCGCACUUCCCUUCCCGAUACAGAUAGGAUAUAUCAAUGCCAUGACGUAUCACAUGGGCCUCAAGAGCGACUGGGUCACUUUCGACGAGAAUCUAAAUCGUCUGCUGAUGGAAUCACUGGCGUUGGCCGAUGCAAACGACGAGUCUUUGGCCAACAAACCUGCGGAGUUCAGAACGCAUGAGCAUAUCGUCAAUUUGCGCGUUUCCUGCAUCAAGCUUCUCAGCACUGCGAUGGCCUUUGAGGAAUUCGCAAACAAUCCAACCAAGGGCAAGAUUCUCUCGGUGUUUUUCAAAUGCCUCUAUUCCGAAUCAAAGCCGACCAUUGCAGCGGCAAACGAUGCUCUGAAGUCAGUAUUGGCGGUUGACAGGCGCCUGCCCAAGGAUCUGCUGCAGAGCGGUCUGCGCCCUGUUCUGCAGAGUCUGUCGGAUCCCAAGCGACUCAACACUCAUGGAUUGGACAACUUGUCAAGGCUUUUGAAGCUCCUCACAAGCUAUUUCAAGGUUGAGAUCGGCGCUCGUCUGCUAGACCAGAUUGAGUCCAUCGUCGAGCCCAAUGCUUGGCAGCAGAUUUCCUUCACCUUCUUCGAGCAGCAUCCCCAGAUGAAGGUCAUCACCGCCAUCUUGAACAUCUUCCACCUCCUACCCGCUCCAGCGGAAGCAUUCAAGGACCGUUUGAUUGACUGCUUCCUCGGACUCGAGGAGCGGCUUCGACGAACACAUCAGAGUCCAUUCCGACAGCCAAUGUUUCUCUACCUGAACCGGUACCCUAAAGAGAUCUGGGCUUAUCUGCUCGGCAAAUUGGAUGACCUAAAGCACGGUCGACUUCUGGCCCAAGUCCUUUCACACCCCGACAGCACGCCCUUGAGGGAGACGGCUGUGGAGAACUUGGAAGGAUUGAUUGGCAAAUGUAACGAGAUUGUCGGACUGAACAAUGAGAAGAAAUACGUUGCCAUUGUCAAUACGAUCAACAUCCUCCACUCCCUCGGCCAGUACCCCGCCUCCAGCGCCUGGAUGGAUAAGAAAGAGCACCUUACGUGGUUGAAAGCCAUUGGAAAGGACCUCGAAGCCAAUAUCCGGGGCUAUUCGCUCCCGGCCUUUGUUCGACUGCCCGGCUACCAAGCCGCUGAGCAGCUGAUGAAUAUUCUCGUCAAGUCCCUGGAGAGAUCGCCGAGAGAUCUGGAUGCUCUAUUCAGUCUAGUAGAAUCUGUUGCCGCCGAAGAGUUGCGUUCGACGCAGCCCUUGUUCUCCUUCAUCUACAACAAGAUCAUCUGCAGCGACUCGAUGGAGUUCUGGAAGUCGACAUUCCUGCGCUGCCUGGAAACGUACUCCGGGAAGACAGCCUCGAAUAAGACCAAGUAUUUCCUGCUUCAUUACAUCGUCAACCCCAUCGUUGCUACAGAUGUCAUGCGGAAUUGGCAUCAACCAGAACAGAAUCGGACUCAGAGGUUGAUGGAUCGAUCAAUCAUCGAUGCCGUGAGCACCAAGAUCUGGAAAGUGCAUCCUGAGAUGACUCCAGACGAUUCGGCCCAGCCAGGAAUCGAUCAUAUCCGGUUUGAAGUGCUGCAGCUAUCAGCAAUGCUUGUCAAAUACUACCAUGCCACACUCCAGGAAGCGCGAAAGGACAUCAUUAAGUUUGGCUGGACUUUUAUUCGCUUGGAUGAUAUCAUCAACAAGCACGCGGCGUAUGUCGUGAUUGGGUAUUUCAUUGCUCACUACGAAACGCCCCCUAAAAUCGUCAGCCAGGUAUAUUUGUCCCUGUUGAAGACCAAUUCCAACGAGGGCCGGGCUCUGGUGACCCAAGCUCUGGAGCUUAUUGCUCCAGUUCUCCCCAAGCGCUGUGGUAACGGUCCCGGGGAUAGGAGCACACCAUGGGCCGUUGCACCGCGCCGCAUCUUGACGGACGAACAAAACAUGCAACAGAUGACAAGCAUCUUCCACUUCCUUGUGCGACACCCUGAGCUCUUCUACGAUGCCAGAGACAAAUACGCCGUCCUGAUCAUCACCUCUCUGCGGAAGGUUGCCGCACCGCCAAACCCUUCUCAUGAGAGCAAGAAGCUGGCAUUGAACAUGAUGUGGCUGAUUUGGACCUGGGAGCAGUGGCGGAUCGAGGGCAAACCAUCAUCCCUCCCCACGGCAAGAGCGCUCUCGGAAUCUCCAGUUUCCAAGAAGCGAAAGCUGGACAGUGACCAGCCAGAUAGACCGGAGUAUCUGAUCCCGCCGCUCUUCCGUCAAAAGAUGGUGAAAUAUCUGGUUGAGUUUAUCGCACAGCUUAAUGAGCGAUACCAGCUGCCAUCUGCCAAACCCCGUGGGUCUCCAGCCAGUGCGCUUCCGGUGUCCGCGCCCACGACGGAGCUUUGCAAGAAAGCCAUGGCGCUGCUCUACAAUCUCGUGCAACCCCAAUGCUGGGGGGAUCUGGACCUCGACUUGUUCCCCAACGUCACAGAUGUCAUUCUCGCUCACGAAAGGACUCAGACUGCUCUCAACGCAGACCCUGCCGACAAGGAGAAGUACGACGAAAAGUUCCUUACGAACAUCAUCAAUACCCUGCAGGUUGUCCGCAUCCUUCUCAAUUUCAAGUCAGAUGAGUGGAUACAAAAGAACAUCGCGCCAAUCCAAAAGGUACUGGAGAAGUGCCUGAAGUCGGAAAAUCCGGAAAUUCAGGACUGUCUGCACCUCGCUGACAAGGAGUACGACGAUGGUCGAGAUCUCAAGUCCACCGUUGGGCGCAUUCUCGAUGCGGUGCCUGAAGAUACGCCUAUGGAAGAUGCGGAUGCCGAGGGUGAAUCCGAGAUGCAGACAUCCGAAAUUGUUGCCUAUCUCUCACAGAUUGCGACGGAACAGAUGAACAGCAACUUGUACGUGUCGGGCGUCAACAUCUUGUGGUCCCUGGGCAACCGCAAGCCUGCCAUCAUUGACCAACACAUCCCUUCGCUCAUGAAGGCCAUGCAAAGUAAGCAUGCGCGAGAGCAUGUGCAGCACUAUAGUGCCCUGGCCAAUCAAGCAACCGGCAUUCAGCGCACCCAAGAGGCCAACGGGACCACGACCGGGGAGCUUUCUGCAUAUGACCUUGAGAUGCAGACUAAGCUGAUGAUCAAGGAGAUUCAGGUCGUGGCCUUGCGAAUGGAAACUCUGGGCGACAACCGACGACCCUUCCUGAGCGUUUUGGCAACUCUGGUAGAGAAGUCCAUGCACAUUGAGUUAUGCACAGAGAUUCUGGGCAUGGUGGAGGGCUGGGUCUUCCGAUCCGAAGGGACUUGGCCGACUCUCAAGGAGAAGACGGCGGUACUACAUAAGAUGCUCUCCUUUGAACAUAGGCAAGAUCCUACGAUGCUGUCCAAGUUCCUGGAGCUGGUGAUUCGCAUCUACGAAGACCCCAAGAUCACCCGAACCGAGUUGACCGUGCGGAUGGAGCACGCCUUUCUCAUCGGCACUAGAGCAGUGGACGCAGAGAUGCGGAACCGGUUCAUGGCCAUUUUCGACAAGAGCUUGUCCAAAACAGCCACCGUCCGCCUCUCCUACGUGCUCACGUCACAAAACUGGGAUACUCUCGCCGACUCGUACUGGCUCGCCCAGGCCAACCAGCUUUUGCUUGGGGCCGUGGAGAUGAACACCAACAUCCAGCUUCAUGCGGACGACUUCAAAGUGAUUGCCCCCUCCCAGCUGGCUGCAGUGUAUCCCCGGGACAAGGAUACGAGGGAGCCCACCAUGAUGGUGGAUGAAAAAUUUGAGGCUCUCUUGGCCAAUCAUAGACGAUUCAUGGCUGAACUGGGAGAUGUGAAGGUCCGGGAUAUCAUCGAGCCAUUGACGCAGUUGCAGCACAUUGAUAACCCACUGGCUCAUCAGCUCUGGGUGGUCAUAUUCCCCAUGUACUGGUCUGCGACUCUGCGGGAUGAGAGACCCGAUCUUCAGCGCGGCAUGGUCUCGCUCCUCACCAAGGACUAUCACAACCGCCAAAUUGACAAGCGCCCCAAUGUCGUCCAAUCCUUGAUAGAAGGAGUGGCAAAGACGUGGCCAGAAUGUAGGCUUCCUCCGCACGUCUUGAAGUUCGAGGCGAAGACGUACGAUGCGUGGUAUGCAGCGCUUGUGCAGCUCGAAAACGCAGCAAUCAAUCCAGGGCCCGACUCGGCCACUGUGCGCGAAAGCAACCUCGAUGCGCUCGUGGAUCUCUAUGCAUCUCUGCAAGAAGACGAUCUCUUCUACGGGACUUGGCGUCGUCGGUCUCAGUUCGUAGAGACCAACGCCGGUCUUUCGUACGAACAGAAUGGCAUGUGGGAUAAGGCGCAAAAGCUGUACGAAACGGCGCAGAUCAAGGCAAGAACCGGCGUGAUUCCCUUCUCCCAAGCCGAAUACAUGAUCUGGGAAGACCACUGGGUCCUCUGUGCCCAGAAGCUGCAGCAAUGGGAGAUCCUGCAGGACUUCGCCAAGCACGAGAACUUCCAAGACUUGCUGCUGGAAUGCGCAUGGCGCAACACGGAAAUGUGGCAAGACGAACAACACCGCGAGGCCCUGGACAACAUCAUCAAGGGAGUCAUGGACGCCCCCACGCCGCGACGAGCGUUCUUCCAGGCGUUUAUGUCUCUGCUCAAAUUCCACAACCAGCAGGAAUCGGCAACUGAUUUUGCUCGCGUCUGCGAUGAAGCGAUACAGCUCUCUAUCCGAAAAUGGCAUCAACUUCCGACUCGACUCACAAAUGCACACAUCCCCCUUCUCCAGAACUUCCAACAGUUGGUAGAACUGCACGAUGCUAGUGUCAUUUGUCAGAGUCUGGCCAAUACCAACGCAUCGAAUCUGGAUGUCAAAUCUGGGGAGCUCAAGUUGCUGCUUGGCGCCUGGCGCGAUCGUCUCCCUAACAUAUGGGACGACAUUACGGCUUGGCAAGACUUGGUGACUUGGAGGCAGCACAUCUUCAACCUCAUCAACCACACCUAUCUGCAGCUGCUCCCACAACAGGGCCAGCAAAAUACAGGUGGAGCUUCCUUCGCAUACCGUGGCUUCCACGAGACUGCCUGGAUCAUCAACCGCUUCGCUCAUGUUGCUCGAAAGCACAACUUGCCGGAAGUGUGCAUCAACCAGCUCAGCCGCAUCUACACGCUUCCUAAUAUAGAGAUUCAAGAGGCUUUUUUGAAGCUUCGAGAGCAAGCAAGGUGCCAUUACGAAAACCCCGAGGAGCUGAACAGUGGACUGGAAGUCAUCAACAAUACGAAUCUGAAUUACUUCAACCCCCAGCAGAAGGCUGAGUUCUACACCCUGAAGGGCAUGUUUCUCGAGAAGCUCGAGCUCAAGGAAGAGGCCGAUGCCGCUUAUGGCACUGCCUUGUACUUUGACAUUGGAGCGGCGAAGGCCUGGGCCGAGUGGGGAUACUUCAACGACAGGAAGUUCAAGGAAGACCCCUCGGAUCUCAACGCUGCUAGGCAAGCACUCACGUCGUACCUGCAAGCAGCAAGUAGCUACAAGAACGCAAAGUCACGAAAGCUGCUCUCCCGGAUUCUGUGGCUGCUCAGCUUGGACGAUGCCAAGGGUACCAUUGCUGCGGGUUUCGACGACUUCAAGGGCGAGAUGCCGACCUGGUACUGGAUUACGUUCAUUCCCCAGCUCCUGACCGGCCUGGGUUACAAGGAGGCCCCGCGCGUGUAUCAAAUUCUCCUUAGCAUUGCCAAGUCAUAUCCCCAGGCUCUUUACUUCCAGCUCCGGACAAACAGGGAAGAUAUGAUGGCCAUCAAGAAAACCCAGGAAGCGAAGGAGAAGGCGCGGCUGCGAGCUCAGUCAGCGACAGCCAACACCAAACCCGCCUCCGCUUCUCCCCUGCAGACCAAGCAGGACGCACCCAAGGCGGAGGGCGCAGCAUCACGCCCAGGCACUGCCAGCGGCGGCGAUGCGGCUCACGUCAAGGCGGAGAACGUCAAGACGGAGAACGGCGAGGCCAAUGGCGGAACAGCACCACCAGCAGCGCCCACAAACGGCGCCCAAGGCCCAGAGCAAGCACAAGCCCAAGCCGCAGCUCAAGGCGGUCCGGCGCAGGCUCACCCAGCAUCCCAAAGCCAGAAGAGACCACCGUGGGAACUGACUGAAGAGGUCAUGUCGGUGCUCAAGACGGCAUUCCCCUUGCUGGCAUUGUCGAUGGAGACUAUGGUGGACCAAAUCCAGAAGCACUUUAAGUGCCCGCCUGAUGAGGACGCGUACCGCCUUAUUGUGGCGCUGCUCAAUGACGCUCUGACAUACGUGAGCCGAACCCCUGCUUCGUUUGCAAAGAGCGUCAAGCUGCCUUCCGCCACGGAGACGAACAUCACCAGGUUCGCCGAGACGAUCUUGCCCAAUCACAUCAAGAAGUCGUUCGAGGCCGACUUUGUCGAAGUCAAGCCGACCAUGUAUGAAUACAUCCACAAGCUCAGGCGCUGGAGAACCAAGUUUGAAGAGAAGCUGGAUCGCAGGAUCGCACACAUGCCUCUCGAGGCAUUCUCGCCUCACCUGAGCGAGUUCCGAUACCAGAAGUUUGAGGAGGUUGAGGUUCCAGGGCAGUAUCUUCAACACAAGGAUAAGAAUCAGGAUUUCAUCCGGAUAGAAAGGUUCCUGCCCAAUGUCGAUUUGAUACGCUCUGUCAAUGCCUCGUAUCGUCGACUCAAGAUGCGUGGUCAUGAUGGCAGCGUUCAUUCAUGGGCCGUCCAGCACCCCGCCGCCAGACAUUGUCGCCGAGAGGAGAAGAUCUUGCAGCUCUUUAGGCAUCUCAACCAGACUCUGAGCCGGAAGAAGGAAAGCCGACGACGAGACUUGCAGUUCACCCUGCCCUUGAUGGUCCCCCUGGCGCCUCAUAUCAGGAUUGUGCAGGAGGAUACCUCAUACAUUACGCUGCAUGGGGUCUACGAGGAUCACUGCAGACGCAUGGGCAUGUCAAAGGACGAGCCGGUUCUGUUUACGCUGGAGAAGCUUCGCGGCGUGCUCGAGUCCAAGGGAGGCCAGGUAAGCUAUUCUGAAGCGGCAAAUUGCUUGGUUAAGAGGAGCACUAACGAGAGCAACCGACAGACCAAGCCCGAGCUGACGCCGACGGCGCGAUUGGAGGUGUUCAACGCCAUCCAAGAGAAAUGGGUGCCUCCGACGGUAGCGCUCGAGUAUUUCCAGAAGGCGUUCCCCCAGUUUGCCGAGUUCUGGCUGUUCCGAAAACAGUUUUCAUACCAGUUGUCGGCGCUCACGUUCAUGACCUACAUCCUGUACAUGCACAACCGCUACCCGGCCAAGAUGAACAUUGCUCGUGGAUCGGGCAACAUUUGGGGCUCGGAGCUCAUGUCCUUCAUGAGCGCGUCCAAGCCCUUCUUCCACAACCCGGAGCCGGUGCCGUUCCGGCUGACGCCCAACCUGCAGACUCUUAUGGGACCUCUGGCCAUGGAGGGAAUUUUUGCCUGCUCGGUCAUGGCGAUUGCACGGUGCUUGACGGAACCGGAGCAUGAGCUCGAGCACGCGCUGACGUUGUUUGUGAGGGACGAGAUGAUGUUCUGGUUGAUGAACAGUCACCGCAGCGGAAUCUCCGAGAACCAGCUGCGAGACUCGGUGCAGCUCAACAGCGACUCGAUUGUGAAGCGGGCCGUCAGCCUGGCGCACAACCCGUCGGGCAAUCUGCCUGCGAACCAGACCGUCAUUGACGCUAUUGCUAAGGCGGUCAACCCAAUGAAUCUGGCGCAGUGCGAUGCCUUGUGGAUGCCGUAUCUCUAG